CCCCACAAACUUAAAAAAAAAUACGCGUUGUAGUAGUGGGAUUGCGCCAAAAAUUUCAGCGCACAUCCAGCGUAACUUCGCGUGCGGCGUGCGCCGAAUUCAGCGCAUGGUGGCGGCUGAAUUCUUCGGCGCAGGGCGGCCGCAUAAUAUUUUUUGUUGGCGAAAGACUCACCGAAUGAAGUCGGCACACUGUACGAUCUAGCAACAGAUUCGCCCUGUGGGCAGCUCUGGAGAAGUUUUGGGACGAGACAUUCCGCCCAGGUCAUUACGUGCCUGAGCCCUGAACUGGCCAGUCACCCUGAGUCUACUCGGCAGAGGAGCAGCUGCCCGGGUGAGGCCUCAACCCUUGGCUUGGAGAUAGGCUAGCUCAAGAUGCGUGUUGAGCGAGGGAAGAUGUGUCGAGCGACAUGGGAGGCGCUCAAGGCGCACAUCAUGCGCGAUCGGAAACGAAAACGCGAUGAAAUGGAGGCAGACGCCGAGGAGGCCAGACAGCGGCUAAAGCGGGAGCAACUCAAGAAACAGCACACCUCGUCCCUGCAGGACACGAUCGCAGAGACAGCGCAGCUGGAGACGCGUCUGCAGGAGCUGAAGAAGGAGAAGCACGAGAUGUUCAUGAAGCUGAAGAAGGUGUUGAACGAGGACGAGACGCGGCGCCGCCAGCAGCUGAUGAAGGACGCCCAGGCGGCCCAGGCGGCGCAGCAGGCGCUCGGGCCGAUGCCCAGCAUGCAGCCGGUGCUACAGCUGCAGCCGCCCAUCUCGCAGCACGGCACGGGUCGGAUCACGCUCAACAAGCUGCCCGGACACCACCCGUCACUGCUGCCCAUGGGGAUGAAGCGGACCAGGAGCCCGUCGCCGCCGCCGCCGCACCAGCCGCAGGCCUACCGCCACGAGUACUUGUACAAGGGACAGCCGCAGCCGCCCAUGAGUUACGGCGGCCCGCUGUCUGCCGGCCACCCGCACGUCUCGGUGGCGUCGGCUGCUAUCCGUGAGGAGGCUCACCACCCGGCCUACAUGCCGGCCUCCAGAGGGUAUGGCAUGGCGUCUCACAGUGUAAUAGAUACCUCCCGGGAGAAGGGCGACUACUACAGCUCGUCGCCGCACCGACCGCCGAGCCACCUGGGGAUCCGCUCCUCGCCGCUGCAGCUGCCCGUACAACAGUCGCAGGGCGGCAAGUCGGGCGGUAUCACGUCCGGCUACCCGGUUCGCUCGGUGGGCCCGGGGGCGUACCCGCCGGCCAGCGGCGCGUCACCGCCGGUGCCGCCGUCGAGCCGCCAAGCGCCGGCUCCGCCCAGCCAUCAGGCCCGCUACUAUAACUGAAGCAGCCCAGCCACUUGAGACAACCGCCCAGCCAUCAGGCCCGCUACUAUAACUGAAGCAGCCCAGCCACUUGGGACAACUACAGCUGAAACAGUUUAGCCAUCAGGCCCGCUGCUACUGAAGUUUGCAGCCCAGCGAAACGGCUAGAUAUUCCUGGAGAAGCUUAGCCGCGAGGAGCGCUACAAUUGAAGUAGCCUGACCACUUCGCCCGCUAGUAGAUAUGGAAGCAGCCUUGCCACUUCGCCCGCUAGCAGGUCAAUUGAAGCAGCUCGGCCAUCCGUUUCUGUACUGAGGCAGGUCAGUUGUCGGCUUGUUCAACACUAGCCUGACGAGUAACCGGCCUGCGAGCUGUUAGGUUCGGCUGCGAGUGCCGCUGACUUUUGCGGUGGCUAGCGGAGCGGUAGGGCUAAAUCAGGCCUGCAUAGCCAGGUCGGUGGACCAUGGUAUAUGGCCGGUUGAUAAAGAUAUGCUGAGAGUAGGUGGGUAGGUAUUCGGUAAAGCUGUGGACGUGAAUGUUUAUAGAAGCGGCUGGAUGUGUGGGACAGGACAGCAAUGCAUUGUAAUGUUUGUACAUACAUAAAUCUCCCUAGGAGCUGAGCUCUGCUGCUUCGGUGUCGCAAGAUUUCUGUCGCACUGGCUCAUUUAAGCGAUAUGGGUGCACGAGCGCCCUCCGAAACUCCUUAACUUUACACGGGCGAUCCCAGUUUUGACCGAUCAUUCCUAGGAAAGCAAUUUGCGAUUAAAACCGACGUCCUGCUCAUCGUAUACACAUAGCUGCUGCAAACCCGAACCAGCCAUCUGUCUGUGUAAUGUUUAUGUGUUUUAUAUGUGAUGUCACAGAAUGCAGUCCAUUUAUAUUUCAUUACUUUUUUAACGAACGAUUCCUCUUGCUUUGUAUUGACAUGACUUGGUCUUAGCUGGUUUAGUGGUAUAAGCUACUUUGUACAUAUGGGAUGUCAUUGAAUAGCUGGCUGUAUGCACUCGUUUUUGUAAGGGAAAGUCAACUUUUUCAUUGAUCGCUUCGUCUUCUAUUGAAACACACCUUAGUUUACACGAAUGUGAGCGCUUAUUCUAAUGUGCAGCCAUCUGUCCUUUUUUCGUGGAAAGAUUGUGUAAUAAAAACGGAACGAACGGCA